CGAUAUCAUGGCUUCGAAAAGAAAGUUGGGGCGAGCGAAGCGUGCGGCAUGACGUUCCCAACGCAUUGAGAGAAAAACUCCACGCCAUGACAGGGAGGGAAGACGCUUUUAUUGCUGCUCUGACGUUUCCUUCGCUCAUCUGCCCCGGCGAAGCGGAGAGAUGUCUGGAUUGUGUGCGCACACUUUCCCUCACUGAAAGCAGCUGCUGUUCGAGACAACUAGAGCGGCAACUAAACUCCACUGUGAAAUCGAGCCGGCGGUUUCACAGCUGUAACUAUUAAACCUUGAAUAAGAAUUAUUUUUGAUUAUCUUUUGACUUAUAUCCGGGUUUAGAUCAGUUAUUUCAAAGAAGCUGAGUAGGACACCGCACAAUAAGAUGGCUGCUGCAGCAGAUUCUAGGUAUGGACCGAAGGAUGCAUCUGAUCAGAACUUUGAUUACAUGUUCAAGCUUCUUAUUAUUGGAAACAGCAGCGUGGGAAAAACAUCUUUCCUGUUCAGAUAUGCAGAUGACACAUUCACAUCAGCCUUUGUCAGCACUGUUGGUAUUGACUUCAAAGUGAAGACUGUUUACAGAAAUGAUAAAAGAGUCAAAUUGCAGAUUUGGGAUACAGCUGGUCAGGAGCGAUACAGAACCAUCACUACUGCUUAUUACAGAGGAGCCAUGGGCUUCAUCCUCAUGUACGACAUUGCCAAUCAAGAAUCCUUUAAUGCAGUGCAAGACUGGGCAACCCAAAUCAAAACCUACUCAUGGGACAAUGCGCAAGUCAUCCUUGUUGGAAAUAAGUGUGAUAUGGAGGACGAACGCGUAAUUCCUGUUGAGAAAGGAAAACAUCUGGCUGAUCAGCUAGGAUUUGAAUUUUUUGAAGUCAGUGCCAAAGAAAACAUCAAUGUCAAGCAGGUUUUUGAACGUCUAGUAGACAUCAUAUGUGAGAAAAUGUCGGAAAGCCUGGAUUCUGAUCCCUCAGUGGCCAGUGGCAGCAAGCACACAAGGUUGACAGACAACGCACCAUCAAUGCAGCAGAACUGUGCCUGCUAGUGAUCUCUCACUUUGGUGACCUCUAACCUUUCUGUACUUUUUUUCAGUUUCUCUUUAUAGUUGCAUGUGGUAUGGAUAUGACCAAAUUCUUAUUUAUUUAAAGUUAUAUAAAUAGUAGGACUAAGAUAUUUAUUUGUUAUUCUUCAAAAUAUGUUUGAAUGUUGCUGUAAGAGAUUUACUUAUCAUUAUAUAAAAGUGGACAUUCAAAUUGUUAAAAGUUCAACUAUAUUAUAAAUUAAUGUUGACAUAGGUGUAUUUAAAACUAAAUCAUUAUAGUCCUUCUGAAUUGGAAUUUGAGACAUUACGGCAAAAUCGUUCAGCGCUUGUUGUAAUUAAUUUAUUUUCUACUGUCUUUUGGCUUGAAAAGUUGUAAAGAAGGCAUUACGAAGUAGUCAAUCCUAGUAAUACUGUAGAAGACAACCCAUCAGAUUUAAGUGAAUAGAUGAGCAGUUUAAAGUUGUAAUAUUGGUAGAAUAAGCUCUCCGGUUACUUUGGCACCUUCUGUUUAUUAAAAAAAAAUCAAACAAAUAUAAAAGUAAUAUAAUAAUCAUUUCAAAUUAUUCCUGGAAAAGUAAGAUCAUUUCAGGGUUGAUUCCCCUUCUAUGUAAAUCCAUUUACAUUUGAUUUUCAUGUUAUAAUUUAUUAAACUUGAGUACCAAAAUCUGAAAUGUCCAGUCACAAAAAAAUGUUCUCAUUAUAAGGAAUGGGCUAAGGCUGUUCUCCUGGUGUUGUGCAGAUGGGCGAGACAGCUACACCUAUCUUCAAUAUAUUUAGAAGCUCUGACUCGGUUUCCUAGAUUGGGUUCUAUUAGGAUGAAGGCAGGUUCCCAAUCCUAAAAUACAGACUACUGCUGUGGUGAAAAAAAUCCCAGCAAUGUUGCAAUGGGACCACUACUCUAAUAGUUGAGGAACUAGGAGCACUGCAAUAGAGCAAAUCUUGAAAAUUAAAUAAAUUAAAGUCUGGUCCUUGCUGGUGUAAUAUCCAGCUACUCAUUAAGGGGGAAAACGAAGGGAUGUCUACAACCAUCUCACUCCAUGGAUCAUCUCAAGCCCAUUAUCAUUGGACACUAUAGCCUACAGGCAGCUUCAAGUAUACAUCACUUUCCUCUCCUACUCCUAUUUGCACAGUGGAGAUAAGUGGUUCUGGUGGAAUGCAGCGGCUGAAAGAAGUAUAAGCCUCAUAGCUUAAAUAUUGUUUCAUUAAACACUAAAUUCCUGCCCAAUUCCAGAUAACAUUAGGGAUCAGAAUCCAGUUAUGGUGCAUUUUGUAUGAUACGGUUGCUGCUGUCUGAAAGAGCAUCAAAAUAUUCAUAUAAAAUUCAUUACAUUAAUAGAAUGCUUUACACGAUGAAAGGUCACACAGUGGCUAAAAAACAAAUACUUGAGAGAAAUAAGGCACAGUGAAAAAGCAAUCUGUAACUAAGAGGGCAGUUUUCAUUUUCAGAUGUAAAUUAGUUCUCAGUUGAUUGGUACUACUUGAAGGAAUUCAUGUUUUGAAUAACUAGUCUAAGCUCAUUUGAAUGUGUAUUCAAAUAGAUGGAAUCACAAGGAAGAAAACAAAUAUUUAGGAAGCUUUUGAAAACCUUUAAAAGUUGGCAUAACUCAUUAAUAACCUUUUGAAAGGCUGUAAAAGUUCGAGUGACGCAAAACAAGUCUGAUACUACUGCUGGUGGCAAUCUGCCCCAGAUUUUAGUAUGAUUGCAUCCAGAAAGUGGCAUUUUAUUGGGUGUUCUUUUCGGCAGACUUCACAUGAAUGUAGCAUGCAUAAUGGCUACCUUUUAAAAUGUAUAUGUUAACUCUGAGAUUUACCACAAGUGUUGGAGACCAAUAAUUGCAUAAUGUGCAUGGCCAUUGCUCAUUGAUUACAAUACAUUAAAGAACAAUACUUAAAUAUUAAAACAUGUAAUUAAAUAAGCCAAGUAUUGCUGUUGGAACUGUUUCCUGUUAAAUCGACAACUUCAGGAGAUGAUAGAUGGGGAAAAAGAUGGCAGGAGAAGCAAUAAGGGUCACAGAAAGUUAGUACCUAUAGUUUAAAACAUACUGAAGUAGGAAAUUAAAAGGAACUAUAUUCUGCAUACACCCUGCACUGUUUCUGACCUCUGAGUGUUUAAAGCUAGAUGCUGGAGACAAUGUAGAAUAAAGUCUCAUAACUUCACAUUGAUUAGCAUAAAAUCCAUUCCUCCCAACAGUUUUUAUUUGUUUGGAAAACUGUUGCAGUUUCUUCAAGUCAUUUCAAAUGAAAAUUACCCUCUUAAAAUAGAGCACACUUUUAGUUUGUCAGGUGCCUCUGGGGAAAGACACUGAAUUUCCAGAAAUAUUUCAAGCAAUUUGCUGGCUCCAGGCAAAUAUUGCAGGAGGAGCAAAAAUUUAGGUAGUAUCCAGUUCUGCUGGUUUUCCAGACCAUUGUUGUUUUAUUUGAUACCAUUUCCACUGGAAAUGGGGUCAGGGAUCUAUUUUUCCUAUUCCACCUGGAUAUCGAUAAACUGGUGGAAUGACAUCAACCACCCAAAUUUUUGUUGGUCUUGCCUCAAUUAUCUUGAUAAAUCAUACAAACCCACUGACUGUAGAAAGUGUUAUGUAGUCAUGGGAGUAAUAUGUCAAUAGUCUCAUUCCAUCAUUGUUCCAGCACUUGCCUUUGUGGAGCCAAAAUCAUUUUCAUUUUAAAUAGAAGAACAAAUCUUCACAAGGCUUUUCAUUCAUAAUGGAAUUAGUGACCUGAAUUAAAUUAUAUUCUGAUUGAAAAAGAUAUUUAAUGGCAAAAUUUGUAAAUAUUACAUACUGUAUAUUGAAAAUCUGUGCUACACUGACGCUUAGUCUCUGUAUUGUGUCGGGAUCUACAUGUGUUUGAUUGAGAAUCUUUUAUCCUGUUAAUAUAUUUUGAGAAAAUACAUGGCAUUCUACUGCAUUAGAGAAUUAUGUUCAAUACUUUUCAAUCUGAAGCUUGAUUUUUUUUUGUUUUCAAAUCAAUUUGCUAGAAAAUGUUAUGACAUACCUCUGGAGCAGGUGGGAUUUGAAUCCAGGCGUCUGGCUCAGAGAUGAGGACACUACCACUACAUCACAAGAGCCUCCAAAGCUUUACACUUACAUGUUGAUUUUAUCCAGAAUAUAAGCUGCAUUUCUAUAUCCACCCAUUUAUAUUUUUAAACAUUGCAAAUGCUCUAAAGUAUAACAAAAUUAUUUCCGGGUAAGUUAAACUCUAUGCUUCAAGACAUUGUAUCAUGCAAGUAAUGUAUUGGGAAGUGGAUUUAUGUGAACCUAAUCCAGUGACCAUUUUGAUAAGAAUAUGUUAUAGCAUUGACUGAAUUAAAUGGAUUUCUGUUAGGAGA